AUGGUAGCUUUUGACGGCCACUCAGCCCCACCGCAUCCUGGAAGUCACAGAUGUACUUUGACAAACGGAGCCCGUGACCCAGACCGGUUCUCCCUUGAGUGUAUCCGCGUGGACUCCGAGCGAGAGCAGACGUCAUUCUCUACCGGAACGUUGCUGACAGAUGCCAUAAACCCGAAUGACGCGGGAAGCGCCUUGAGUGCCAGGCCGCGAAGGUACACCAGAAGUAUCGACCGUGCAAGGCCCCCAACACCCGAACCGGUGGUAUCAGAUGACUCUGACUACACCGACGUCUCUGAUCUCGAAGAGGCCCUAAGGGUUGCUCACUUCUGA